AGCAAAUUAGAAAUAGAAUUUGAGAAACUUCUUGCCAUAACUGAUGAAGCGGCAAAAUCUUCGGCCGUGGGCAGCAAUGAGGAAAAUAUGUCGAAGAAUCGUAACGAAUCAGUCAUACCUUACGACCGCAAUCGAGUUAUACUAACACCCAUACCGAUGAAAGAGAACUCCACCUACAUAAACGCCUCGUUUAUCGAGGGUUAUGAUAAUUCAGAAGCAUUCAUAAUUACACAGGAUCCCUUGGAAAAUACAAUUGGUGAUUUUUGGCGCAUGAUAUCUGAACAAAGUAUAACCACACUUGUGAUGAUAUCCGAGAUUGGUGAUGGACCCAGAAAAUGUCCACGCUAUUGGGCAGAUGAUGAGAUUCAAUACGAUCAUAUACUUGUAAAAUAUAUGCAAAGUGAAAGCUGUCCAUACUAUACGCGUCGCGAAUUCAACGUAACAAAUUGUAAAAUUGAUGAUACAAUAAAAGUGACACAAUUUCAAUAUAACGGCUGGCCGACUGUCGAUGGUGAGGUGCCAGAAGUUUGCCGUGGUAUUAUAGAACUCGUCGAUCAGGCGUUAAAUCAUCAUAACAGAGAUAAAAGUAUUGGUUGUAAAUCACCCCUGACUGUGCAUUGCAGUUUGGGCACCGAUAGGAGCUCAAUAUUUGUGACCAUGUGCAUAUUGGUGCAGCAGUUGAGAACCGAAAAGAGCAUUGAUAUUUGUUCAACGGCUAGAAAGAUACGAUCUCAGCGGCCAAGGCUAUUAAAUUCAUUUGCACAAUACGAGUUCCUACAUCGUGCCAUAGCCAACUACGCUGACUUGCACAAACUGUCGACAGAAACUGCGUCUUCUGAGUGUUAAUAAUUAAGCUAUUAAAAAGUGAAUAAUUUAUAAGUAUACAUCACACACUUACACAUACUGAUUAGUCAUAAACAUUUAAA